UAAAAUAAAGAAAUAUCUAAAGGCGAGAGGAGAAACUUCACUAACUGAACUGAAAGGUACAACCUUCAUUCAGCCACAUACAGACACUUUCCCAGCUUCUCCCGACCAGAUCCACCAAGAUACUCUGCCGUCAACGACACUUUACACUCCUAUCGGGAUAUUUAGUCAGAGAAUGGCAGAGAAGGUGCUGGUCACAGGUGGAGGUGGCUACAUUGGGAGUCACUGUGUGGUGGAGCUAAUUGAAGCAGGCUACCAGCCGGUCGUAGUAGAUAACUUCAGUAACGCUGUAAGAGGAGAAGGGGAUGUGCCAGAGAGCAUACGUAGGAUAGAGAAACUCCUGGACACCAGCAUUGAGUUUCAUGAACUGGAUCUUUUGGAUCAACCUGGCUUGGAAAAACUCUUCAAAAAGCAUUCUUUCAGUGCGGUGAUGCACUUUGCUGGCCUGAAGGCUGUUGGGGAGUCAGUGGAGCAGCCAUUACGUUACUACAGAGUCAACCUCACCGCCUCCAUGAACCUGCUUGAGGUGAUGCAGGCUCACAGGGUGCGCAAUCUGGUCUUCAGCAGCUCAGCCACGGUGUACGGAGACCCUCAGCGCCUUCCCAUCGACGAGCAGCACCCCGUGGGGGGCUGCACCAACCCCUACGGCAAGACCAAGUACUUUAUUGAGGAGAUGAUCAAGGACCACUGUAAAGCUGAGAAGGACUGGAAUGCAGUGCUGCUGCGUUAUUUCAACCCAAUUGGAGCUCAUUCCUCUGGCCUGAUAGGAGAGGACCCUCAGGGUAUCCCCAACAACCUCCUGCCAUAUGUCGCCCAGGUUGCCAUUGGGAGAAGACAGUGCCUCAAUGUGUUUGGCAAUGACUAUGACACAGUUGAUGGGACAGGUGUGCGAGAUUAUAUCCACGUGGUCGAUCUGGCAAAAGGACACAUAGCAGCUCUGAAGAAGCUGAAGGGCGACUGCGGGUGCAAGGUUUACAACCUAGGAACAGGGACAGGCUACUCCGUGCUCCAGAUGGUGAAAGCCAUGGAGAAGGCAUCAGGGAGAGAGAUCGCUUACAAAGUCGGCCCACGUAGGGGAGGAGACGUGGCAUCGUGCUACGCUGAUCCACGGCUGGCUGAGAAUGAACUGGCCUGGAAGGCCGAAUUUGAACUGGAAAGAAUGUGUGAGGAUCUGUGGCGCUGGCAGUCUAUGAACCCCACCGGAUUUUCCAAUGGCACAGCAUCUUGAUGCAACUCCAGCCUUUUGCUGUUCUUCUUCUGAAUCACCGGGCCAAAGCAAAGCAUCACCUUCCUCAUUUUUGCAUAUCACGUAAACAAAUGAUGAGACCUUCAGGGGAGCUGAAUGCUUUACGUUUUGUCAUGUCUCAUUUUGUUUUUGUUCUACACUAAUGGUUAUUCUCCAAUGACAUGUUUACAUCAUACGAAUCGUGUAAAAACUUGAGUGUUGCUCUUUCAGAUUAACAAUGCAUAUUUUCUCUAUCGAUGUACUGAUCUGUGAGCCAUAACAAUGAAAGAAUAAAUUCAUUUUCAUUCUGAG